AUGAACGAUCAAAUGAAACGAAGGUGGAAAGAGGCGAAGGAGAGAAUCGGCAAUGCCUAUCACGAUUAUGGGCGUCUCUGCGCUGCGCAUCCAAAGACAUGUCUAUCGAUGUCUCUUCUCACAAUGAUUGUCCUCUCCUAUCCGACAAUAACCCGUUUGAGACUACCAGUUAGCACGCCGAUCGAUGUAUUUUGGAGUGAACAUUUACAUGUUAAUGAAAAAAUCGCUCCAUUCUGGAUCAACGAGAACCCAGCUUCGUAUAUUCAACAAUUCAUUGUUUCAACUACAGUAACCCCAUGGAAUGCGACUGAAAUGACACCGGAACAGGCGGUCCGUGCCGCAGUCGCCACGUCAUUUCGUAUCAGAAAUGUGCUGCUCGCGGAGCCAUCUGUCGAAGAGUUAUGUCUCCGAUUGGCCAAUCAACGAACGGAUUCCACGUGGCCGUUCCGAUCGAAAAGUCUUUGUGUUGUACUGUCGCCUGCUACCAUUUGGUAUAACAAUUUACAACGAUUUCGGGAGGAUGAUGACGUCAUUGAGACGGUAUUCAAUGAGCAGUGCAAAACGACGUUUUGUAUGAGAGAUCUGUUGUUGGGGGCACCGGUGGCAGCGACGGGCAUUAAGCAGAAGUAUCAGACGAAUCGGAAGAGAAAAAUCGAGUUCGCCGUCACCAUCUUCUUCGCUCGUUACAGUAAACGAGUGAUUCAAGGACUACGUGAGAAACUGCAGAAGGAAUUCGAACUUGUUGAAACUCCACCAAACGACGAGAGAACUUUCGUUCAAGUGUACUUCCAUCCGUUGAAGACGUUCUCCUCGUAUCUUCCACUGAUUUCUACGUAUUUUGUGUGCAUGCUCUACGUCUACUAUUCGUGCCGUAAAAUCCAAAUGGUUGCCUCCCGCUGGGGUCUCGCAUUCGCCUCUUGCUUCACAGUCGCCUCGACUCUCCUCAUGACAACUGGAAUCUGUGCUCAUCUGGAUCUGAGCACAACGACAUGGGGAUCAGAAGUCUAUCCGUAUAUCGCAUUGAUAAUGGGACUGGAAAACACUCUGUGUAUCACUCGAAGUGUUGUCUACACCUCACCAUCACUCGAUGUCUCAUCGAGAAUUGCUCAUGGAUUGUCACAGGAGGGAUACAAAUUGACAAAAUAUUAUAUAUUGGAAUUGGUGGCUCUUCUUAUUGGAUUCAUGACGAGAAUAUCGGAUAUUCAAGAAUUCUGUCAAUUCAGUGUCAUUUGUGUCACUGUUGACUUUUAUAUGCAGCUCUUCUUCUACGCCCCCUGCCUAACCUUCGAUCUGCAACGUCUCGGCCUCGAAGAAAAACGAAAAUUCGCUGAAAUCCUGCUCUACGAAGAGAUUCCCCGCCUCAAAAACUACGCUCCAAUCAGUUGUCCAAUGAGAAAAGUGUGGCCGAAACUGUUCGUAAUGAAGAAAAUGCAGAAGAGACGACUGUCGGAUUCUGGAGUUGAUGACGUCCGAAAGGAUUCAACUCAACAACGUCUUCUGAUGGAUUCGAAGGACGAUGGAGACGUGCCGAUUCCACGACCGGAGGAUUCAGUUCGCAUGAAGAUUAUGUAUUUUAUAACAAGAACGAGAAUUGUUCAGAGGACGAUUCUUGUUGUUUUCGCCAUUUGGACAGUCGUUUUGGUGUUUUUUGUGGGGUCGAGACAGUUGGGAAUGGAAAUGAAUUUGACGAACCAAUCAAUCGAAAGUUUGACACGUUCUCACCGCAUCUUAUCGACGGCAAACUUGCAAUACGGAAAUUGGCAGAGGAGAACUUAUAAGUGGUGGCCCGCCGUCGCGCAUGAAUACAACAUCUCUCUGAACUCCCGUUAUGUGACAUUCCUCCCUCCAAUCGUCAUCAAUGCAAAUAUUAAUCCAUCUGACAUCCUCCUCCAAAAAGUUGAAAAAAGUCCGGAAAGUUCUAAAAAUCCGGGAGAAGUGACAGAAGAAGACGCUCCGGUCCUUCGAUCCCGUAUCGAUUGGCUUGAAAUGCAGUUGAAAAUGUAUCUGGCGGCGUUUUGGAUUCUCUUGAUCACUACAGUAAUCUCAUUCUUUGCCUACGUAUUUCUGAGUGAUCGAUGGAAAGUUGGAGGAGUGAAACAGUUGAAAGAACAGAUACCAAGUGGUGGGGAGAUUGAUGGGAAUAGUGGGACCAAUGGAAAUGGAGGAGGACAGACACAGAAGAAUUUUGUGGAAACGUUACCCAUCGUCUACCAAGGACACCGUUUCCCAAUCGAAUCAGUGGCUAUCGAUGAGAACGACACGACUUCUUUCGUUUCUUGUUGUCAAGAGGGAAUUGUUUUCGUUUGGAAUACACAAACUGGUCAACGAACACUUCGAAUCAAUCGAUUGAGAGCUGUGCCGGAGAAAGGAAAGGAGAUUCCACAGGCACCCAAGAUUUGGGCGUUGGCGAAGAGAAACGACAUAAUAAUCCUCGGUUGCUGUGACGGUUCCAUCGAAAUCGCCAGUAUUUCUCGUAACAAACUCAUCGGUCUCUACACUAAAUCGACGAUUGGAGUAUCACAUAUCGUGUGUCGAAAUGAUGACGUGGCAGUUGUUCGGCUGGAUGGAUCUAUCGAGUUUUUGACAGUGGAUUAUGAUGAGGCGGAUGGAAAGCUUCGAGUCCGACAAAUCGAGCUGCUCAAAUCUCUCCGUGCUCAUCAGAAACCGAUUUGUCGUGUCGCCACGUGGCAAUCCCAAUCCCAACUCAUCACGUCUUCAUUCGAUCGAAGUAUCAAAAUGUGGAAUUGGAAUUCAGAAGGCGACGCGUCGAGAAUUGAGAUGUCCAACGUCUUCUUGGCUCACAACUCCCCCGUCGUCAAUCUGGCAGUGGAUGAGAGGCAAUCGAUAAUGUAUUCGUCGUGUGAGGAAGGAGUGAUAUGUUGGUGGAAUCUGUCGACUGGAGAACUCAUUCGAACAAUCGACAACAAUUGUACGUGGGCAUUCCAACUCGCCACGUCUUCUGAAUUCCUUCUAGGAUUCUAUGGAUCGUCGCAGUUGUACAUGUGGAAUGUCGAGAAUGGACAGUUGGCGUGUCGAGUGACGGAUGCGUUGGGCGAUGGAACGAGCGAAGACACCCUGUACACAGUUGGAAGUAGUGGAGUCGUAUCGUUUGAUGACCAAAUCGCAGCGACCGCCUCCUCGGAUUCGGUCACUUUUUGGGAUUUGAAACAUCGCGCCAUUAUUGGGAAGGUAAAACUCAACGGAAAAAUCAGUUCGAUGCGAAAACUGACAACCCAAAGUGUCCUGUGUGGUGUUGACAACUCAAUGUACGCAGUGACGGUUCCAUUGGUUCGAUUCAAAUGA